AUGUCGCAGAGAAUCUACUUCCGCGUCCAUGGCACUGUCCAGGGCGUGAACUUCCGCUACUUUACGCAGAAGAAGGCGACAGAGGCUGGCAUCACAGGAUGGGUCGAGGGCGAGGCCCAGGGUAGCCCGGAUGCGUUAAAGCAGUUCCUGAAAGACAUCGAUCGUGGCCCAACUCAUGCCCGUGUUGUGCAGCUCGACAAGGAGGACAGGGAGGUCAAGGAGGGCGAGGCUAAGUUCGAGGUCCGGGCAUAA